UCACCAGGCAACUGCCGCAAUUUGAAGUUUACCAGUUUUCCUAAACCUGGCUACAGGUUGGAGAAUCGCUCGGUUCGAACUAUUGAAGUAUUCGACGAGGAUCUCUGCAAGUUACAAUGCUAUCUGGAACCUAACUGUGUCAGUUUUAACUUCCAUAAGCUAAGACAGGCGUCUGGAACACACAAGUGUGAUCUGAAUAACGCGACCAUUGAACACGAUGGAAAACUGGUAGAAAACGAAAGUUACAUUUACCGCGGAGCUGAGGUGAGGAUGACGUUUAUAAGCUAAGAGUAUGAGACUUUGUACUCGUUGAGGCCUUUUUACAAGACUAAGACUAAGCAUCCCUCAGCCUCUGCCACUCCUCUAAAUUCUCCUUCCACCCACCAGAAUAUAGGUUACGAUAAUUGAACGUUUAAAAUGUUGAAAUAAAGAAUAAAUAGAGGCAUACUUUGUUAAUUAAGAAUGACCGCUUCUGGAGCUUUUUUAUACAUUUAUAAGAUACACGGAGAUUUUGCUCUUGCUCUGAACAGUGCCCCGCUUGGGAUGGGAACAAAUGUGCUCAACACAAACAUUUGCGUAAAUAACAAAAAAGCUUGCGCGAAAUACAUGGACAUGAGGGAAGACGCGCAGAUUUCACAAACAUGCAUAACAUUCAGAACUCGCAAACAUGAAUGCAACCGCAGAAGACAAGCGCAAAAAUUGAAGUGGUCAUAUUCUUUUUCUUCUUAAGAAUGCUUGCGCCAGUAAUCCUUGCAGGAAUAAUGCAACAUGCCAAGCUGGCUUUACACACAGAGAUUAUCAGUGUUUGUGUGCUUUUGGAUCUGGAUUUGAAGGCCACGAUUGGGAUAAAGGUGAGGAAUCUUCUAAAUUUUUUUGUAGUCAGUACAAUGAAUGUGUGGCCAUUUCUUAUCUGACAACGGGGAACGUUAGCAUGGAGGCGAAAACACUUGCGGCCAGAGCACGUCAAAUACACACAAACCCUUACAUAAAUGUGGCGCUCAUUUUGUUGUCUCAGACAUAGAUGAGUGUUCUGGUGAAACAAACGGCUGUGAUGAGAAUGCGGAGUGCAACAAUACCCUGGGAUCUUACAAGUGCAUCUGUAAAGAUGGAUUUCAAGGAAAUGAAACUAACUGCAAAGGUAAUUUAGUUGUAUCAAGUGAGUUGAUGACGUAAAAUAGGCCACUGUUGCGAUUUUAAAAUCUGAAGUUUCGAGCGCUAGUCCUUCGUCAGAGCAAAUGGGGGAAUUAUGGGUUGUGUCUGUUUAUAUGCGGAAUAUGAAGUUACUGUAUUGGCGGGAACAUGGUAACGAGAAAUUAGUAGCUGACUAUAACAUCCCAAAAUCUCUUAAAGGAAACAGACGAGAAAUCAAUAAACCACAAAACACAAGAUAACAAAAUAAAAACAGGUUCCGCACAAAAGAUGCUUCUUUUUAAUUCUCUAGACUUGGAUGAAUGUGCUGACGGAACACACAACUGUGAUGUGAAUGCUGAGUGUAACAAUACCCUGGCAUCGUACAACUGCACGUGUAAAGAUGGAUUUCGUGGAAAUGGAACAAGCUGCAAAGGUAGUUUGGUAUCAUCAAGUGAGUUGAUAACGUAAAAUAGGCCACUGUUGCGAGUUUAAAAUCUAAAGUUUCGAGCGUAAGUCCUUCGUCAGAGCAAAUGGGGGAAUUGUGGGUUGUGUCUGUUUAUAUGCGGAAUAUGGAGUUACGGUAUUGGUGGGAACAUGGUAACGAUACAACAAAAAUAAAAUAGUUGACUGUAAGAUCUCAAAAAUUAAUUAAAGCAAACAAACGAGAAACAGUAACACCACAAAACACGAGAUAAAAACAUAAAAACAGGUUUCGUAUAAAAGAUGCUUCUUUUUUAAUUCUCAAGACUUAGACGAAUGUGCUGACGGAACACACAACUGUGAUGUGAAUGCUGAGUGUAACAAUACCCUGGGAUCGUACAACUGUAUGUGUAAAGAUGGAUUUAGUGGAAAUGGAACCAAAUGCACAGGUAACUGUUUACAACACAUCAUUCUAUCUUAUCUCUCCAUAUUUUUCUGGUGGACAUAGCACCAGACUUAAACUUGUACAAGAGUGUAAUGUCCCUAAUUUCUGUACGGAAUUCUACCGGCAGCAGGCCCAGCAGAACGAGCCCAUCAGCAUAAGAGACGUUAUUCAGUGGGUAAUUAAGAAUAAACUUAGUCAGAGAACUUUGGAUUUUCUCAAUUAAUGCUCCAUGUAUGACUGUAUAAUAAAGAGACCAUAGGCAGGAGCAUUAUUCAAGUUUGGGUCUGACCACAGGACAGCGCAGCAGCUUCCUUACCUAAACGUCAUUGACAUCGCGGAAAACUCGCCUGAUUCACGAAAGGUCUUGUUGGCCUUUGAGGUUAUUUCUCCUGCAUGCUCUGCCCAUUGGAGAUCACGGGAAUCAGUGAUGCUUAGGUCUUAAGCGUAAGGUACACACUCGAACGAUGUCCAUCAAGGUCAACCAGGAGUUUUCUUCUUAAAGAUGUGAACGAAUUUGCAUUUUGCGGCGUUGAAAGCUAUGCAGCUUGGUGAAUUUACCAGUUUCCGAGGAGUUACCAGCAAGAGUGACAGCAUGUCUGAAAGUGAAAGUAGAUUCUAUGAUCAUUACCAGAGCCAGUGCGAAGAUACCGUCAUGAAGAUAACUAUAUCUGCCGAAUUUACGGGAAUACUUUUUUGUAAGCGGUAGUGUGCAACAUUGGCAAUACCCAAAGCAAUAUGACAAUUAAUUUCUUAGCAGUACGAUAACUGUCCCUUUCAUUUUGCGAUUAUUAUACAGGGUUUACAGCAGUGUUUACAACUCUUGGUAAAGGUGGAACUAAGGGUCCAGUCCAAAUUGGAAGUCACUACGCAGGUCAGGAUCACGACGGGCAAGUUACAUUGUCCAGCGGUAUUCAACAAUGGACUGUGCCACACACUGGUGAAUACAGAAUAGAAGCAAUAGGAGCCUCAGGGGGGUACGGCGAGGACAGUAUCAUCAAGAACGGUGGAAGAGGGGCACGAAUGAUUGGAAACUUUAUUUUGACCAAAUAUGAGAUCAUUCAUAUACUUGUUGGUCAAGAAGGGAAAAAAGGAAGGACCAACUCAAAAACUGCUGGAGGUGGUGGAGGUACAUUUGUUGUGAGACGAAAUAACACGCCUUUAAUCAUAGCUGGAGGUGGAGGGGGAAUCAAAAAUAUGUCAGAACAACAUCCGGGAUGUGAUGCGUCCAUAAACACCACAGGGAAUGCAGGGAACAACUCGCCACUGGGAUCAGGGGGAAUAGAAGGACAAGGAGGACUUACUAAUGGUGUGAAUUCUGGUUGGUGGAGAAUUUGCUUUUUAUAAAUACUGAGAAACUCGUUGCAUUCUACUGCUAUCCCUCACCAUCUCCAACUUAAUGAUAGAGUAAGAUCUAGAUUAAACAGAGGCACUAAAUAAAUAAUUAGUUGCAGCAUUUUUACGCUGACUUGUCCACAUAAGCUUUUUAUUACUAAGAAUCUCACUGCGGAUCGUCGUUUGAUCGUAAAAAAUUAAAUUUAUGGCUGCUAUUCGUAAGAGAAUCACUGAUCACUUUUUGAUUGUACUGUAGGUGGCGGUGGUGGCGGCUUCCAUAAUAAUGGACAUAAUGCAACGAAUUCUAGUGGAGGAGGGGGAAAAGGAGGUUCAGGAUAUCUUCAGGGGGGAGAGGGUGGAAAAGUUCUUAGUGGGUUCGGAGGUGGCGGUGGUUUACAUACAGUCAACAAGGGACCAGGCGGUGGUGGUGGUUACACUGGGGGAAGUGGCGGGGCUAAUGAUGAUAUAGCCUGUGGGGGAGGGGGAGGAUCUUUCAACAAUGGAACAAAUCAGCAAAACGAAUAUUGCAAUAAUAGCGCUGGUCAUGGUUGGGUAAACAUUACAUUUCUCCGAUGA